GGCGUAUAAAAAGGCGAAUGUUAAUUAUCUGACACCUGCAUACGCAUUGUCACGCAACACACCGCACAGAGCAAUUUUUAUUCUACCAUACGAAUAUCAAAAUGGCCAAAUUUCUUAUUUGCUGCGCAGUUCUGUGCGCGCUGGUUGGUGCCAUAGUCGCUUUGAAAGCUGCCCCUGCUGCUGUGAGCAACCGAGCUGGCCCGGUCUACCUUGGAUACAAUGCUACUUUCUGCCGUGGUCUUAACUUCACCACAUAUGUCCCACGCGGAAACUGCAGUGCUUUCUACCAGUGCCAGGGCAAUAAUUUAUGGCUGAACUACUGCCAAUAUCCUCUGCAAUACAACCAUUUGAACGGCUAUUGCGACCACCCGUGGAAUGUCCGCUGCAACCGAACAUCUCGUGCUGCAAAUAAAGUGCAAUCAGUAUCGGACUCGAAAAUCCUGUAUCCACCGGUAAAUCAAUGCGGUGCCCAUGAAACCGUGGCGUGCUUUGUGGAUCCUUGCCAGUUCGCAAAAUGUGGCAACAUUCCCGAAGCCAGAUGUUUCAGUGACUAUUGUCGUGGAUGUAAUGCUCGCUUCUUCAAGAUCAAUGUGUGGCAGGAACAUGCGACCGUGCCACUUUACGAAGAAGUCACUAGCCGCUGCUUGUAAGCGUUUCAUGUAUUACAGAAAUACCAACUAUAAUGAACUAUUCGACGGAAAUAACUUAAUUGAUGGUGUGUAACACCGGCAAGCAUCAAAUGCCGAUGCAAAUCUAAUCGUAAAUACAAACAAUAUCACUUUGUGGUAAUGAUACGUACUUACAUCCAUUAACGUGUUCGUUAUCAUCAGCAAAACAAUGCUCAUAGUUUGGUUAUGUUUUGAUCCAACGAUAAGCAAGACGACUACAAGCAGUGCAAAGUGAAUUCCCAAAAUAGUAACAUUGAAAUUUA